AUGCAGAGAUCCUUCGCUUGCCUCCUAGAACAGAGCCGGAGCCACGGCUCUGGGCUGGCUCUUAGUGCCUCAUACCUGGAGAUCUACAACGAGCAGGUCCGGGACCUGCUGAGCCCGGGGCCACCGUGUGCCCUGCCCCUGCGCUGGAGCAAAACCCGUGGCUUCUAUGUGGAGAAUCAGCUCUGCGUGGACUUCGAGAGCCUGGAGGCCAUCACCGACCUCCUCCUGCAAGGAUCCCAGAGACGACGGACCUCGGCGCACACCCUCAACGGGCACUCGAGCCGCAGUCACGCUCUUCUGACCAUCCACAUUCACAGCCAGGCUGUGAGUGCACACAUCCUGCUCCAGACACGACACUGCAUCUCUCAGCUGGCCAAGCCCCGAGGAAAGCGGACGCACGUCCCUUACAGGGACAGCAAGCUCACCCGGCUGCUAGCCCGCUCACUGGGUGGCUCUGGUGUCACUCUGAUGGUCGCCUGCAUCUCCCCAUCCUCGCGCUGCCUCUCGGAGACGCUGAGCACACUGCGCUACGCCAGCCGGGCCCGGAGGGUCACCACCAGACCCCUGGCCAACAGGGUGUCCCGGGAGAAGCUGCUGCAAACUUUGGAGGAAGAAAUCUACGCCCUGCAGCUGGAAAACCUCUCCCUGCGCCAGCAGCUGUGCCUGCCCAGGCUGCCGACGAGGACCACCGAGGUGGGGGCAUGGCCGGGCUGGGGAGGCAGGUAUGGCCCCACAGGACUGCAUCAACCCCCUCUCGAAGGGCAGCUCCCGUUGGAGGGAGCCCCAGCCUGGCCCAGCCUCUACGGCCUCCUGCGGGACUUUGUGGUGGAGAACAAGCAGCUGAG